UAGUCAGGUUCAAAAAGGAAGAUGGAACAAGUUAUUUGAGUACUCUCUAGAUCCUCUUUGCCUUGUUCAUUUUCUUCAAUCUCUACCUCUCUUGCUGUCCUCUUCAUCUUAUGGGCUGUCCUCAAGAGAGGAGGAAAGGGAUGGGUAGGGAAAGAGGGAGGGAGUAUUACAGACACAAUUGGUUUUGCAUCCUUUGAAAUGACAUCACUAUAGAUGACCUGAUAGGCUAGAUAAUUAGUGCCUGUCUCCUGGAUGCAUCAAGGGUUGUCCAGUUGAUUUGGGGAGCAGCUAAGCAGGCUUGACCAGCUGACCUGGGCUCGGACAACAGCCAAGCCGUCUGCUGCAGCCAACCCUUCCAGGCUCACUGGAAAGAUGUUUCCCUUCAAGGUGAGCAAAUGGAUAGGGUUUGGCUGCUUCCGGUCACUGCUCUCCCCCUCCCCUACCAUACGCCAGAAGAAGUUGAUCCAUAAGCUGCAGGAGGAGAAAAACUUUCGGGCUGAGAUGAAGGUUUUCCGCGAAAAGAUCGAGGCCUUCAGGGAGCAGAUGUGGGAGUUCCGGGCAAAGAUUAGAGGCUUCCGAGGCAGAAUCAUGGGCUUCUGGGAAGAGGAAAAACCUUUCUGGGAGGAAGAAAAAACCUUCUGGAGGGAGGAAAAGGCUUUUUGGGAAAUGGAAAAAGCCUUCAGAGAAGAGGAAAAAGCCUUCUGGAAAAAAUAUCGUGCCUUCUGGAGGGAGGACAAAGCCUUCUGGAAAGAGGACAAUGCCCUAUGGGAGAGAGACAGGAAUCUUCUCCAAGAGGAUAAGGCUCUCUGGGAGGAGGAGAAGGCUCUGUGGGUAGAGGAAAGAGCCCUACUGGAAGAAGAGAAGGCUCUGUGGGAAGAUAAAAAAUCUCUUUGGGAGGAGGAAAAUGCCCUAUGGGAGGAGGAAAAAGCAUUCUGGGUGGAGGGUGGUGGCCCUAUAGGAGAGGAACCAUUACCCCCUGAAGACGGGGCCUUAAAUGCCAAUGGAGGCCCAACAUCACCAAGCCACUCCAGAGGCAGAGCCUGAGCCAAAGGAGCUGAGGCAUGGAGCCUGGGCUCUGCUGGACUUAACAUCCAUGCCCUGGGAGUGCCCAUGAGCUGGAGAAAAUUUGUACCUAUUUGUCUCCGUGAACCUAGAGACCUAAUAAAGUCCCCAGGGGAAUUUGGAAAAUCCA